AUGAAUCUUAUUGAUAUAAAUACGUAUCAUUCAGAAGAUAUUCAACAAUUUUUCGAUUAUUGUUCAACCGAUAUGACUGAUGCAUCAUUUUUUGAUCAUAAACUAUUAAAAAUUGUACAGCGCUGUACAUGUUCGAAACGAGACGAUGGAACAAUAACAACGAAUAUGUCCUGUGCAAAAGUGAAAUUAUUCAUUGAAUUAAUUCAACUAAUGCCAUUUAUUAGUGUUCUUUUAGUAUUAGCUGAUUUUUAUAUAUUUCUACUUGUUUUCUUCGUGUAUGUUUAUGAAAAACGUUCAUUGAUCGACUAUUUACCAAUGCCAGAUGAAUAUGACAUUGCAUGA